GCAGUGCUGAGCCGCUUGCGGACAUGCAUUGCUGAACCUUCAAAUUCUGCCAUAAACCUCCAUUGCAGCGGACUGGGGUUUCGAGUGCCCGGCCAACCUGCUUCGUUCUGCCGGGCGAGUCCUCGACUUCAGUUCCGGUGCCGUCACGACGGAUGAUUGAUCGCAUCAACAGCCCAGCCCCGAACCGUUUCAGACUCGAUCCUGAUAGCAAUCGAACCGCUCGUUGCCAGCGCCAAAGACGUCUACGCAUGCUCCGACUCGGGCCGUCGCCUAGCUCGCAGGUGCAGGGCGUGAACCGCUACCGCUCGCCAGGAUGGAGGACCCAAAUGGCGUCUACGAGGAAAUCAUAACCUCCUUCCAGAAGCUGGAGGCGGUGCCCGAGCAGAUGCACCUCUUCUGUCCCCAGAUAGACGACGACGAUGGAACAGACUACGAGUGCCUCGGCCCCGAGGACAGCGGACUUUCUGCUGACGAGAGGGCGUCGCGACUCGAGAGUGCCAAAGACCGGCUCGACUUCUCCGUGUCCGCAUCGCUGGUCCUCGCCAUUAGCAAGGACCAGGCUUCGGAAUGGUUCGACAAAUGGAUCGAGAGGGCCGAGACCUACCUCAAGUCGUGCGCCUUCUGCAUACGGCUCUGGCACAAAGUGAGGAAGCCGUUUCUUCAAAAGCUUGCCGACAAAUUCAACGAAGACACGGCCGCCAUCAUGUCCACAAAACUCAACGCCUUCGACAAGGCUCGAAUCGACCUCGGGCUCGGGGCCGCCGAGAAGAUACUGAGGAAAAAUGGCCCGAUGAAGACGAAUGCGCUGGCCAAGCGGGACGAGACCGCGGUCCUCGCCCUCUACGAGGCGCUCUGUUGCAUGCCCUACCUCUCUCUGCCUGACAACCGCGCCACAUUCAACUACGUAUUCCAGGAGAUCCAGAAGGUUAAGAAACCCCUCCGUCUUGGAUCCGGCGUCAUCCCAACCAUGACCCAUUUCCUUUUUCAAGAGGAUGAGUUGCGUAGCGGGUUUGCCAAGGCUGCCUGGGAGAGCAUCCCGCCCGAAUCCUUGAAGCCGGACCAGUUCGACUGGGCCGUCAACGAGUACCUGGCGAGUGAGAUGGAGGCCGUAGCGCACCAGACUACCGACCAGGCCCGUGUGAAGCGGUUUUGGGAGGGGCUGGCAGUCCUGCUUCCCGCCAUGAGUGAAGAAUUCGUGCUGCACACGCUGCGCGGCAUGCAGAUCCAGCCCGACAUCUACCACCUGGCGUUUAACCAUCUGGCCAUCAUCGAUGACCCCAAUGUUCUCGCGACGCUAAUCCGUACCUUCUGCGCGCUGAUGCAGAAGUCCACCAAGGCCUUUUGGUCUGCUCUCUCGGACCUGUCGCCUGCAAUCCUCACCCAGCAUAUCUGGGCCUGCAGGGCGUUCAUGGGACUGCUUGCGCGCUCUCUUGAGCCCGGGAUGCUGAUGCCGGAGGGCGAGGGUGAAAUGCCGCUGCUAUCGUACUUUGUCAAGAACCUCAUGGAUUCGCUGCAGCCCACCGGCCGUAGCGACGCUUGCGAUUCCAUCCUCCACCAACUGCUGGACACGUUCAAGGCGAGCCACGAGACGACGAGGGACGCCAAGGCCGUGUGCGCCAACGCGUCGCUUGUCGCAUUGACAUGCACGCUCGAAGGCCUGAAGGACCCAAAGCUUGCCUUCUCGACGGCCUUGGUUUACAUCGACAUCACAUACAACAUCGUGUUGAAGUACAAGGACUUCCUCAUCGACUGCGUCAGCCUCAAGUCCGGCGACCGAUAUAACAUUGGGCUGUCAGCAAAGGCUCUUCACGUCAUCAAGCUCGCCCUCACUCUGGACGCAGAGACGUUUUCCAACGAGUCCAAGGCCAUCAAGGCGGCGCAGUCGUACAACCGCGUCGUCGAGCGGAGGUCAUCUCAGCUAUGGGACGCCUUCAUCGAUCAUAUGCAGCCGUCCAAGACGACAGGGCUAGCCAAUGUCAUCAUAAUCGCCACCAAAGACCUCCAGGGCGUCGAGAGGUUUCUUCCCGGGAAGAAAGAGGUCGUCGUCAAGGACGAGAAGAAGGCCAAAUUCAACAAGCAGUUCGAGGCAACGGCCGAGUCGAUUGGCCGUCUCAUCGGGCGAGUGAGCGUGUUCACGCCGCAUGAACUGCAGGGUCUGUGCUCCGACGCCGAGGCCCUGGGCGCAUUGGUCGGAUGUCUGGUCCACGGCGAAGAGUCUAUCAGCCUCGCGGCCGUCGAUUUCAUCAAGUCCCUCACCGGCGAGGAUAGCCGAUCCGACGCGCUUGAGAAGAUGAUCGGCUCACACACGAGGCUCUUCCUAUGGUCAUUCUCGGAUGCUGUUGCUAAGAAGAUCCCCCCCGCCGAUCCCAAGCUCAGCGCCGAGAUGUUUGGCCCCGUCCCCAACAUGUUGAGAUGGUACCAGGAUAUUCUUGAGGCCCUCUGCAACUCGACUACUGGGCUUUUGCGGUCUCGCGAAAUGACGAAGCCAGAGGGCGAAGCUGUGAAAUACUGGUGGAGGCGCCAAUGGAUCUUCCUAGGAUACUUCUUUGGCCAGACCAAGGCCUGGUCCGAGAAGUAUGUGUCCAAGAAGGAUAUGGAGGACUGCUGCACACAGGCGGUGCUCCACGCAGAUGCUCUUCUCGCCGAGGACGGCCUGAUCGCGAAUGCUAUAAGCGUCACAACUGGCCACGGCGACGGCCCCAAGGCGCUGAACGACGCGCGGGUGGCGGCAAUGAAGGUGGUCCUCGACCAGCCCCGAGUGAUGACCACGCAAUACACCCAAAUGCUGCAGCUUCGGGACCAAGAACUGCUUGCCGUCUUUGCAAGAUCGGUUGGAAAGCUGCUCCGGCGCCUCCGCGAGUUUGAUAUGGCCUUGCCCAACAAGCCUCUGCAAAUGCUCAAGGAUAUCUGUAUCCGUCAGCCCGAUGGCAGGUACAAGAUGAAUUCCAACCUAAGGCCACCCCAGAAGGCCGAGCUACUGAGAGCCCUGGGCACCGACUUGGGCGACGAGUCGGACUCGUCCGGUCCGCCCGUUCUCAAGCCUGUUGCCAAGGCCCAGCCAAAGAAGCAGAGCAGCCUCGACACCUGGUCGAAAACAGCUCCUUCCACAGACUCGGCCCACUCGUCCAAAACCACGUCUACUGCCGCAUCUACCAGCUCGCUGUCCCGCCCCUCGGCAGUUAAAGGUGAAUCCGUAGCGGUCGAAAAGGCACCUUCCAUUCUCAGCACGAUAAAAGCACAAUCUCAGGCGCCACGAAAGCCCUCGGUUCUCAGCACCGCCGCAAUCAAGGCGACCCAACUCAGCAUCAGGGAGGCUCGUCAGAAACAACAGCAAGAGCGAACCAAGGCUAAUGCCGCUGCUCGCGCCCGCGCCGAGGCUCUGCGCGAAGCAGCAGCUUCUGGCAAGAUGGUCGGCGGUGAUGGAUACGGUCUCAAGGGUAUCGCGGGCGUGCUCGACAAAACACAUGCCCCUGCCAAGAGCGAGACAUUUGUCGGUAGCGACGAAGAAGACGAAGAUGACGAUUCCGACGGCGACGAAGAGAUGGCUGAUAUCCUUAAGGACGGACAAGCCGGUAAGGACGCGUCUGCGCGCCGGCUGAGGGAGCUCAAGGCCAAGCAACUCGGUCCCGUCAAGAAGACAAAGAUACAGCGGUCCAAGAAGGAUCUGCGUGCUCGGAUCACUCCACCGAUGGAGAGAUUGCACGAGGCCAUUCUUGAGUGGGAUAUCUUCCACGAAGGUAAUGAUCCGCCUAACGGGUACUCGUGCAGGGAGGUGGCAAAGUCGUACCUCAGCCCGGUCGACUACAGAGACACCUUCUUCCCGCUGCUGGUGAACGAGGCGUGGCGCUCGUUUGUCACGUCCAAGGACGAAUCGACGUCAAAGCCGUUUGAUAUCAAAAUCAUCAACCGAGUGUCGGUUGACAAGUUCAUGGAGGUCACUACUUCCAUACCCAUGCCCAAUCUCAAAGACAAGGACAGAGAACGAUUGUCGGACGGCGACAUCAUUCUCCUCUCGUCGGCCAACGAGCCCCUUAGCGACCGGGACGCGCCCCACAGCUUGGCACGGGUUUUCAAGACCAUGAUGAAGAAGAGCAUCAUCGAGGUCACCUGCCGACUUAUCUCCAAGGGCAACGGCCGUUUCCUGCAGGCGCUGAUGCCCGGCGCCGACCUCCGGGGGCUGCGGAUAACGAACAUGACGACGGUUGAGCGUGAAUUUGCUGCGCUUGAAAGUCUGCAGUAUUACGAUCUGAUGACUGAGGUGCUUGAGGCGGAGCCAUCGCCGGUGCUCACCUUUUCGGACGAGCGUGUCCAGAGCUUCCAGGACAAUUACCAGCUCAACAAGGGACAGGCUUCCGCCAUCAUAAACGCCAAGGAGAACGACGGCUUCACGCUUGUCCAGGGUCCGCCGGGAACGGGCAAAACCAAGACGAUUAUCGCCAUGGUGGGCGCGCUGCUCACGGGGAACAUCAAGAUCAACAAGCCGCCUCCUGUUCCUGUCAGGCCUGGCGUCAACGGGGAGGCUCCCAUGGCUAGGAAGCUGCUGGUGUGCGCACCCAGUAACGCGGCCGUGGAUGAAUUGGUGCUGCGCCUCAAAGCUGGAAUCAAGGACACGAACGGGCAGAUGCACAAGAUAAACGUGCUGCGUCUAGGUCGCAGCGACGCAGUGAACCAGGCGGUCAAGGACGUUACGCUUGACGAGCUGGUUAAGGAAAAGAUGGACGCUCUUGCGGGACAGAACGCGGGCCAGCCUAGCGACCGCGAGAAGAUGCACCAGGAGGCGGGCGAGAUCAAAGCCAAGAUGAUGCCGCUUAGGGCGGCCCUGGAGUCGGCGCGCGAAUCGAACGACAUCGGGCAGCUCAACAACCUGCAGCGCGAGUUCGACGUGCUGAAGAGGCGGCAGAUGCAGCUUGGGUCCAUGAUCGAUCGGGAGAAGUCGAGCGGCAACACUUAUGCGCGCGAGGCCGAGGUGAAGCGAAGAGGCAUUCAACAGAGCAUCUUGGCUGAUGCCCACGUGCUGUGUGCAACGCUGAGUGGUUCUGGACACGACAUGUUCAAGACGCUACAGGUCGAGUUCGAAACGGUCAUCAUCGACGAGGCGGCGCAGUGUGUAGAGCUGAGCGCGCUGAUCCCGCUCAAGUACGGAGCGUCCAAGUGUGUACUCGUCGGCGAUCCCAAGCAGCUGCCGCCCACGGUGCUCUCGCAGUCGGCGGCGCGGUACGGCUACGAUCAGAGUCUGUUUGUGCGCAUGCAGCAGAACCACCCGACAAAAGUGCACCUGCUCGACUGCCAGUACCGAAUGCACCCCGAGAUCAGCCUGUUCCCGAGCAAGGAGUUUUACGAGGGGCGGCUGGCUGACGGCGACGACAUGGCCAAGCUGCGGCAGCAGCCGUGGCACGAGAACCCACUGCUGGGCCCAUACCGCUUCUUCGACGUUGAGGGUAUCCAGGAGCGUGGCAACCGCGGUCAGUCGCUGGUCAACACCAACGAGGUCAGCGUAGCGCUACAGAUCUUCAACCGCUUCUCCACCGACUUCUCUUCCCGCUGCGGCGACCUGAAGGGCAAGAUCGGAAUCAUCACCCCCUACAAGGCGCAGCUGCAUGCGCUGCGCCAGCGUUUCUUGGACCGGUAUGGUGAGGCGGUGCUGGAGCAGAUCGAGUUCAACACGACGGACGCGUUCCAGGGCCGAGAGUGCGAGAUCAUCAUCUUCUCGUGCGUGCGUGCCAGCCCGACGGGUGGUAUCGGCUUCAUGACGGACAUCAGGCGUAUGAACGUCGGUCUCACGCGAGCGCGGUCGUCGCUCUGGGUCCUGGGUGACUCCCGUGCGCUGAAGCAGGGGCCGUUCUGGGCCAAGCUGAUCGAGGACGCCAAGGCGCGUGACCGCUACACGUCGGGCAGCAUCAUGGCGCAGCUUCGCAGCGCUGCGACGUCGCGACCGAUGCCGAUGGGCGCGGUGCCGAUGCAGGCGCCGUCCUCCAACGGCCCCCCAACAAUGCAACGCCGAGAUUCGGAGAGGAGCGACAUAGAGAUGCUGGAUGUCAAUGACGCCCGCGCUCGCGCUGCUCAGUCGUUGCCUACUAACGACGGAACCCAUCAGACGCAAGGCCAGGGGCAUGCCGGGAUGACUGGGCCACCUCCGCGCGCGCUCAGCUCGGCGCCACCGAUCCAGUCCUCAGCAGGCCGGAAUGCGCGGUCGAUGGCCUCGAGCCCUGUCAUCCAGUCGUCGGCCCCUAGGGGCCCCGCAGGUGACACAGUCAUUGCUUCGAGGAAGCGCCCUGCGCAGGAGGACGGCGGAGACAUGUCCUCGACUGCCAAACGAAGCGCGACAAAUCCCCACCACCAGCCCCAGCACGGCGGCGCCAGUGCCAGGCCGCCGUCUGCACCAAAGGCCAUGCCGAGCAGACCCCCGCAGCGGCCGACCGACCCCUCGGCGAUGCAGGCACUCGGCAUGGUUCCUCCCGACCGCCCAGCCGCUCCUCGCCCACCUCGACCGCCCAAAAAGAAGGGUCCCGCUGACCCGUUUCUCCAGAGAGGUAGACGCUAGUAGUUUGUCUACCCGUCCGCCAUGAUGUCGUGUCUCGUUCCUUGCUCCCCGCUGGUCCUUAUUUGUUGUUUAACCUGCAGCGACGCUUCAUUUGGGUGGUGUUACUUUUCUUUAAUAUCUCCAUGGUCCGGUUUCAUCAGCUGAUAUAAAGUCCUUUUGCAUGGCCCGGCGGCAUUUUGAUGCACUGUCUUGCGCCUUUCUUUUUUCUUUUGAUUUGGGACCAACGACAUCGGGCACUGGCGGGAUCCGGACGAAGCACAAGGUCUUGAUGCAUUUUUUUUUAGGAGUUUUUUGUUUGUACGUGUAAUCUAGACGGCGACGAUGCAGACUUCGGCUGGGCGGGCACUCUCUCCAGUACCUGGCCGACUUGGGAUCCUAAGAGUGGGGCUUGGCGAAUGCCUACGAUUGCUCUGAGCGUGCACUCUAUGUAUUUUUACUGGGUAUGUUCUAGAUGGGCUGGCCGAGGUCAUUCUCCUCCGGCCUCUGAAGAGGACGACGACCGUGAAUAGCUCGGGUCACUGCCUAGGUGGAAAUGGUGGGUCGGUUGUUCGAGCUGGGUAACGCCAUCACCAGAGCCUAUUGCCGUUGCGUCGAGGAUGGUCGUCCUGGACCGGGAGGAUGAAUGCAUUACCUGUCUGCCCUGCCGA